AUCAACUUCUCCAAGACCACCAACUCUACAGUCUAAACAAAUUCAACAACUAAAUCAAACACAACAAAAACAUCCACCACCAAUCCUUUCACAACAACAGCAGCCUUCCAUUAUUAAUUUUAACGCUUGGACACCGCAAACUGGAGUGUCGAGUGCUGCUUCAGAUCCACCAAUUAUAUCAAGAGUAGUUACUCAAAGUAAUAGUAAUAAUUCCUGGUUACCUUCUCCUACACCUUUUCACGAUAGCAAUAUAUCAUCCGAUAAUAAUCAUUUGAAUUCAAAAUCUAUAACCAUUGCCACUCAAAAUCCAUUACAAACCUCACUUUCUUCUUCCUCCUCCACCUUUAAAUAUAAUAACCAAGAUCUAAAAGUUUCUUGUCUAACAAUAUCUGCCCUUUUAUCACCUGACCAGCAAACUGAAAAACUCUUGAACGAUCUAACAUUAGAACAACUAUCAUUAAUUGAAAAAACAAUACAAAGAGUUAAAAAAAAAAAAUCUAAAGAAUCUAAAAAACAAAAUAACAACAAUUUUAAUGCCACCAUACCUCCAUCAAUUGAAGAACCCUCUAUAACAUUAUCACUAUCAACCAACGCCACUACUAACAUCAACAAUUCUGCAACUGAGGUUAAUAAAACUAACAUCAACGCUACUAAAUCACAACCUUCUCAAUUUGUAGUUCAACCAAAUCAUCAUCAUCUUGAUGUAAAUCAACCCCCUCAAGAUCAGCAUUAUCAAAAAUCUAUCUACGCGCAAAAUCAACACCAUAUUCAACUACAACAACAUUCAUCACAAAUAUAUUUUUCACAAUCACAACCUGAACCUGAAAUUCAAGAUCCUUCUCCAAGAAACUCUGAUCAAUUAACAAUUGCUUUAGCUCCUAAUCAUGCAUUACCAGCAACUGAUCCAAUCUUUGAGGUAUGCGAUGGUAUAAAAUGGAUCAAAUUUAGUUAUUCAGUCAAAGGUCAUAAUAGGGAUUAUCGUAUUCGUGUUGACAUUGAAACCAUCAACGUUAAUGAGAUGGAUGAUCAAUUUAAACAUGAAAAUUGUCUUUAUCCAAGAGCCAACUGUACUGAAGAUAAAUAUAAAGGAAAUCGUUGGUCAUAUGAAAAUGAAUGUAAUGUAUUGGGUUGGAAAUUGGCAUGGAUGAAUAGGGAAGAACUUAAUGGGAAGAGAGGACUCCUUCAACGAGCUGUAGAUAGUUAUAGAAAUCGUGAUCCAAAGCUACGAUCCCGGCGUGUUGUUAGAAAUGAAAAAAUCAUGAAAGGAACUCUGAGAAAACGUAAUGUCAGAGAUGAAAGUCAUGAUGGUGGUUUAUCAAAUAAUAAUUUAUCUGUGAAAAGACAAAGAGCAGGAAGCAUCAAAGAAUUAGUAAUAGAAUCUUAUGUUCAUGAUAACUUGACAAAAAUUAAAUUACGUGCCGAUGUCGAAACUGUUAAUUUGGCUGAAUUAACUGAUGAUUUUAAAAAAAUUAAUUGUUUAUUUCCAGAUGCUGUGGUUCCUAAAUCUGAAUAUCAAGGAACUAAAUGGGAAUUAGAAACAACAUGUAACGAAUUAGGAUGGAAAUUGGCACAUUUAAAUACUACACAACUUCAUGGUAACAGACCAUUACUUCAAACUGCUUUAGACAUGUAUUGUGAAAAAUUUAUUCCGGAAUUUCGUCCAAGAAAAUUAAAAAAUUCUCAUGAUCUCUCUGCAAAAUUUUUUGAAAAUUAUCCAUGUGAAAAUGUUGUUGACCCUACUUCAG